UUCCAGAAGGAGAAGAAGAAGACGAAGAAGAAGAAGAAGAAGAACAAGCCCAAGUCAGAAAAGCGGACCCAUGGCUUUUAAACUUACAGGUUGAGCAACAUUCCUGUCUCCGAAAUUAAACGAGGUGUCGCAGUGUGAUUUAAGACAAGCAUGUAGCCAGAGAAAGGCCUUCUCUUCUUCACUGACACGGACAGAGGAUCACAAUGGCGAACGAGCCCGUCAGUGUCGUCUUCAAACUGUACUGCCUGUCCAUCAUGACCCUGGUGGCGGCAGCGUACACGGUGGCCCUGCGCUACACCAGGACCAUCGCCUCGGCAGACAUGUACUUCUCCACCACGGCGGUGUUCAUCACAGAGGUCAUUAAACUGGCCCUGAGUGUGGUCAUGCUGUCCAAAGAAACAGGAAGCCCCACGAGGAUGAAGAACACAAUAGUGGAACAUAUUUUUCGGAGCCCUAAAGAGCUGCUGAAGCUGAGUGUUCCCUCCAUCGUGUACGCUAUUCAGAAUAACAUGGCCUUUCUUGCCCUGAGCAACCUUGAUGCAGCUGUGUAUCAGGUGACUUACCAGCUGAAGAUCCCCUGCACAGCUCUGUGCACAGUCCUCAUGCUGAACCGCUCUCUGAGCCGGCUGCAGUGGUUCUCUGUGUUCAUGCUCUGCGGCGGCGUCACACUAGUGCAGUGGAAGCCUGCAGAGACCACAAAAGUGCAGAUAGAGCAAAACCCUUUCCUUGGGUUUGUGGCCAUCGCUAUUGCUGUCCUCUGCUCUGGAUUUGCAGGUGUGUACUUUGAGAAGGUCUUGAAGAGCUCGGACACAUCCCUCUGGAUCAGAAACAUCCAGAUGUACCUGUCUGGCAUUGUGGUCACGCUGGCUGGUGUGUACAUGACAGAUGGUAGCAAUGUCAUAGAGAAAGGCUUCUUCUUCGGCUACACACCAUGGGUGUGCUUUGUAGUAUUCCUUCUCAGUGUGGGCGGUCUGUACACAUCGGUGGUGGUGAAGUACACAGACAACAUCAUGAAGGGCUUCUCUGCUGCUGCUGCAAUCGUUUUGUCAACUGUGGCGUCAGUCUUCCUUUUUGGACUGCAGAUAACGGCUACCUUUGCCUCUGGAGCCGUGAUGGUGUGUGUGUCCAUAUACCUGUAUGGACUUCCAAAGCAAGACACAUCAAAGCUGACCAGGCAGGACGGAGACAAAGAAUCCCGACAGAAACUGAUCACUGUGUGAGCCUCUGACUUUACAAGAGAAGCUGCUAUCACUUGAGGACCAGACCCGUGUUGGGCCGCUCUCUGGGGUGCUAAACGAGCGCCUGCAGAGGGGAGAGCCACCUGUUACUUUCCAAAUGAACAGUCAGUGGGGUUGGCUCUGUAUUCAGUUCAUCACACAGAAGACAGCCUGUGUUCCACUUUAGUGUAAAGUCUGCUCCCCGACACACCCACAACCCAGCCAAACUGCACCCACUUUGGAUUUAAGGCAUCAAUGUGGAAAUACAGCAGAUUCUAAGAAAACAUUUUUUUGAUGACUGUUUAUUCAUAUCAUUUUUCAUGAUGUCAAAGGGCACUUAUUUGGCUAUUUUUGAUAAAACUGGACCUAUAAACUAGCUGCUGAUAAGCUCUGAAAAUAAUUGUAAGCAAUCAUUGAAAUCCAGUUAAGGUGUCUUCAGCCGUGCUGGAGCCCUAAGACUUGCGGAUGUUGACGUCUCCGUGUAUUUACUGUAGGAGACGCAGAACUUAUCACUUGAACAACUCAAUAGUGGAGGUCUUCAGCUUGACAUUGUAGCCUGUUUUGAACUGUGCAUAGUGAGUGUGUUGUUAUUAACAUAUAACAUUGAAUGUGCCUGGUCACAGGAGCUUGUGAAAGACAGCAGACUGUGUGGCAUGUUAAUAGUGGCAUAUCUCUAAUCUUUCAAUUCUGUGAUUAUCAAUGUGUUGUUUUUCAUGUCUGUGAUUCAGUGUCUUUUUUUCAAAGUCAUUUGAAAGCAUUAUUAAAAGCUAUAAUGAACGUAAAUGCUCUCAACGCUACAAAAUUGAAUUCUACAUACAGUUGUGAUAAUCAUAGUACGCAGAAUGAGAAAACCUACAUUCACAAUUUUAGCACUAUAUUCAGUCCUAAUGAUGUACAAAGGUCAGCAAGUAUUUUGUGUCACUUUUUAGACACAGAUGUUAUCCCCAAUCAUGUUACACAUAUUAUGUGUGUGCUAUAAAUGCACAUGACUUAAUGAAUAAGAUUAUAAGAUUAAAAAGCAUUUCCCUUUA